GGCUACGGCGGACCGCCGCCGCGGCCCGGCGGCGGCAGCGGCGGCCUGGGGACAGGGAGCACGGCCAGCUGCGCUGCGUACGGCUGUCGAGACUUUGACCGCUCGCAGGACUGCCAGUGCAACCCAGCCUGCGAGGAGCACCGCAGCUGCUGCCCGGACUACGGCGAGCAUUGCGCCCGCGGCAACAGCACGCCACCGCCACCGGCGGAUGGGCGACAGGAGGCAUUGCUGGAGCCCCGGUUGCGCGGAUGCGAGUCGGCCUGCCCGUUGGCUGGCGUGAUCGACUCGUGCGCCAAGCAGGUGGACGGGCAGACGAAGCGGACGUUCGCCGGAAGGCCCAAUGCUUGCCUUCUGGCGUACAGCGCGGUGCUGCAGGAGUGCCCCAGCUGCUCGAUGUGCUCGUACGCUUCCCUCGACUGCGCUGGGGG